CAUACAAAUACUUUUUCCCACAUGGACCUUCUUCUCCGAUACUAUACUUGAUUUCACUCAAUUUCAACUUUUCUUCACAAAGGAGGGGCGAUUUGGAGCGAUGGCUGCAUCCGACGAAGCUGACAGGAAAUGUUUUGAGGAGUGGAUGAAAAACCGCAACAAAGUAUACAAAAGCGACGAGGAGAAGGAGAUUAGAUUCGAGACGUUCAAAAUUAAUCUCCAGGAGGGGCGAUUUGGACCGAUGGCUGCAUCUGACGAGGAGCGUUUUGAGGACUACAUCAAACAGUACAAGAAAGAAUACAAAACCGAAGAUGAGAAGAAGAAUAGAUUCAAGUCGUUCCAAAUAAGUCUCCGUGAAAUAGAUGCUUAUGAAGCUUUUGUUGCAGAUGAACCCCCAGUAUUUCAUGCCCUGGGUUUGAACCAAUAUUCGGACUUGACUGUUGAUGAGUACUUAAGAGAUUUCCUCGGAAGGGAUGCGAUCCCCCCAGAUGUUAGUUGGAGUGACAGUGACAGUGACGGUGAGUUGGUUUGGUACAGGUAUGGGUACGUGAGAGAUAGCAAGGACGAGGACCUCGAGGACGAGGACGAGGACGAGGGCGAGGGCGAGGGCGAGGGCGAGGGCGAGGGCGAGGGCGAGGACGAGGACGAGGACGAGGACUUUGGGGCCGAGGGCGUGGUCAAGGGCGAACUCGAGUCCGAUUAAACAAAUCAUGUAACUAAACUUAAAAAUUAAUGCAAAUCAUGUUUACCAAAA